AUGUUGCUCCUGUCCUUGAACACGCUGGCCGGUGCUUCACUCAGACAGAGUCUCAGUCUUCCUCGUUCUACUUGCUCUCGUGAUGUCGGUAGACGACAUGCUCGUCCGCCAGACCCGAGCCGGGCAGCCUCCUACGUCGUCGACAGCAAUCUCCGCCAUCCCGCAUGCAUGCAUGCGUGA